AACAUAUGAUCUCUCUAAGCAAAAUAAAAAUGGGCGUCCUUGAAAACCUCUGGGACGACGUCGUGGCUGGUCCUCAACCUGAAGCCCGUGGCCGUGGCCAUCUCAGGCGAAUCUCCACCGGUUUAACUGGCCUGAACAAUACCAAAGAAGGAACAAUGGCGGGCGGAUCGGUGUCUUUACCGGCGAGUCCGGGUACUCCAGUCACACCGAGCUCUGGGCGGAAAGUGGACGUGUGGAGAAGUGUGUUUCAUCCGGCAAGUAAUGUGACCACAAGGGAGAUUGGUGCUAAUGUCUUUGAUAAACCUUCUCAUCCUAAUUCUCCCACAGUUUACGACUGGAUGUACAGCAGCGAAACCAGGAGCAAGCACCGUUAAAGCUUGCUGUUAUCAACGGAUCGUCAAAUUAAAAUAAGCCAAGACUCAUAAAAUUAAGUGGUUACUAUUUCAAGAUGAUUAAUAAUCAGUUGAGUUAGCCAUAUGAUUGGUGUUUAAAUAAAUUGUUAAAGCUUUUGUGCUUUUUUUUUUUGGCGUUGUUGCAAUGUUGCCUCUCUACUUUUCAACAUAAAAAUCAAAACACCAAAUAUGUCAAGCCAAUCAAUAACGUUUUACGAUUUACAAGCAUA